CUGUGUAGUCUGUGCUGUCCUGCAGGGCAGCAGCUUGUGUCCGCCCGUUAGAUCCUUGCCUCAGCCCAGCAGAGGAAGUCUGGCUCUGCGCUGGUGGUACCCUCUGGACCAGGUUCCCCUCGCUGCCUGCCCUCAUCAGCCUCUCUCCGAUACGAAGCAUGCAUGAGCGAUUCCCCUGCAGCUCCUUCCUCAUGCUGGGGCUCUUAGACCCCGCUGAUCCGGGGCGACCCAGACGAGGAGAGGACUUGGACAUCUUUCCUGCUGGGCUGAGGAGAGCGUUGUUUAGGUACUGCAGGGUUAGUUGUGUCAUCAUGGCGGCUACCAGCUGUGUUCUGUCUGAGGACCAGUUCCUGUGCUGCAUCUGUUUGGAUGUUUUCACUGAUCCUGUCACCAUCCCCUGUGGACACAACUUCUGCAAGAAGUGCAUCUCACAGCACUGGAACAUUAACAGUGUGCGGUGUCAGUGUCCUUUGUGUAAGAAGCAGUUUCAAACCAAACCGGAGCUGCCCGUCAACACUUUUAUAUCUGAGAUGGCAUCUGAGUUCAAGCAGUCAGCAGGAAAGAGAAAGCGCUCAGACUCAGAGAUCAAAGCUGCCAAACCAGGAGAGAUCUGCUGUGACGUCUGCACUGGAACCAAAAUGAAGGCCGUGAAGUCUUGUUUGACAUGUUUCGCCUCCUACUGUGGUAUCCACAUAGACUCUCACAUGACUGCUGAGUCCCUUCAAAGACAUCUGCUGACUGAUCCUGUGGGCAACAUGGAGACCAGGGUAUGUUCACAGCAUACAAAAGCCCUGGAGUUGUUCUGUAAGACCGAUCAGAUCUGCGUGUGUGCUCAGUGCAUCGUUUCAGGGCAUGUGGGUCACAAAAUUUCCUCCCUGAAAGAUGAAUGCGAAGCAAAGAGGGACCAGCUGGAGCAAGCAGGCAUAGAAAUCCAGCAGAUGAUCCAGGAGAGACAACAAAGGAUCAGACAAAUUGAACAAUUAAAAAUGCACAGUAAGGAUGAUGCAGAGAGAGAGAUAGCAGACGGUGUUCGAGUCUUCACCCUCGUCAUGCAGACUGCAGAAAAACGCCUGAACACGCUCAUCGAGACGAUUGAAGAGAGACAGAAGAUGACGGAGAAAGAGGCUGAUGGCUUCAUUAAAGAGCUGAACCGAGAAAUCUCUGCACUGAUGAAGAAAACUGCUGAGAUGGAGCAGCUCCUACACUCCCAGGACCAUCUCCUCCUCCUGCAGACACUCUCAUCCAUGAACUCUACUCUGAGCACCAAAAGCUCCACCCCGGUUAGGAUCUGUCCACCGUCAUAUGAGGGGAUUGUGGUGAAAGCUGCGGCUGAGCUGGAGGAGAUUCUAAGCAGAGAGAAGAAGCAGCAGCUCCUUGAAGCCCAGCUGAAGAAAGCCCAGCAGUACGCAGUCGAUGUGACCCUUGACCCUCAGACAGCCAAUGCCUGGUUAGUCCUGUCUGAUGACAACAAACAGGUCUGCUGUGGUGAGGUGAGACAGGAGCUACCAGACAACGUGAACAGGUUUUCUCUUUAUGCCAACGUCGUUGCACAGCAGAGUUUCUCCUCAGGAAGAGCUUUCUAUGUGGUUCAGGUCUCGGGGAAGACAGACUGGACUCUGGGAGUGGUCAAAGAAUCCGUUGACAGGAAGGGAACACUCCCAUUAAGCCCAAUGCAUGGAUACUGGUCUGUGGGUUUAAGGAAUGGGAAUGAAUACCUCAGUCUAUCCUCUCCAGUGGUCCGCCUCAGUCUGGACUCCAGGCCUCACAGGGUGGGGGUUUAUGUAGGCUAUGAGGAGGGUCUGGUCUCCUUUUAUGAUGUGGAUGCUGCCGUUCAUCUUUACUCGUUCACUGACUGCAACUUUACAGAGAGACUCCGUCCUUUCUUCAGCCCUGGCCUUCACCAUGGAGGAGCAAACUCAGCUCCUCUCAUUAUUUUACCGGCCAACCUCACUGACUCAGACUUCUUAUGAAGUUCAUGAAGAGGAGUUUGUCAUUUCACAGGAGAAAAUCGAAGGCUUAAUGUGACAUUACUAUGUUGGGUAAAACUACUUUUAAAAGUCACUCGUUAUAUAUCCUCCUAAGACCCCUUAUUUGGGUCAAGUAGAAUCUGAUUAGGACAAAACUUAAGCUGGAUCUUUAAAGAGGAAGUAGUUUUAGGAUGUCUGCACAUGAGGACAAUAACCCAAUCUUACUGCACAAUAAAAAAAACAAAAUUAUUUCUUCACUUUUAGGAAGUCAUUUUGGCAAACAAUGUGUUUUUCCACUUAAACUUCUUGAGGUCUUGGAAAAUUUCCUUUAAAAUGAUUAGAGAUUUCCAAAACAAACAAACAAAAAUCCCCCCAAUUCAGAGGAAUUCCCCAAAAUUUGAGAGAAAUUUCAGUGAAAUUCUUUAUCAUAUUUUUAAAAAUCCCAUUUGAAAAACCCUUUAACAUUCCCCAAAUGUCUUUUGAAUAAGCACAAAUAAUUUAAUAAAAAAAAUGUUCCUAAUAAUUCCUUAAAAUUUCUAAGCAAGUACCCUAUAAUAAAACACAAAUUCAACCAAAAAUGAUAAAUUCAUUAAUUUUUAAAUAAGUAAAAAUUAUCCACUUCCAAAAAAUACACAAGAAUAUGUUCCCAAAAUCCAUAGAAAAUUCUGGAACAAAACCCUCCCCCAACAACUCAAGCAUACCAAAAUAUCCAAAAAUAUUCCCCAAAAAAUUCCACAUAAAUUCCUGAAAAAAAUCAAGCAAGUUCCCUAAAAUUUCAAAUAGAGUUCCUACCAAAAAAAAAAAAAAUUAAAUCAUAUUCCGAACAAUUUACAAAUAAAUUUCCCCAAAUAUUUCCAUGGAAAAAAGGGAAAAUUUUCCUGAAAAUUUACCCCAAAAUUUCUAAAAUUUAAACUAGAUUUCUGUGAAAAUUCUAAAUCAUCUUUGUUAAAACUCUAUUAAAAAUCCAUAAACAAUUCCCAAAUGUUUCACGGAAAACAUUCUGAAGAAACCUGAGUAUUUUGAUCAAAUUUUUCCCCUAAAAAUUCCAUAAAAUUUCCAAGCAAGUUCCGAAAUAUAAAAAAAAAAUCAAAGGAUUUUUCAAUGGGAAAAAUUUAAAUUUCAAAGAACCCAGCCCCACAACAAAAAGAAAAUCCCUUAAAUUUCCUGAAAUUCCUGGAAAAUUUUGUUGUAGUCGUUAUAGUUGGGAAUAGGGCAUCCGUUCAGGGGAGCAGAAUCUAUUUUCGUUGGCUUGCAUCUCAGCUAAUGCAAGGAUUUUACUGAAACUGAGAUGUCAGUGCUGAAAAGCUGUUAAAACCUCCACUGAGUGAUUACUGUAAACUGACAAAGAACAAAACAUUAACAGACUAAACAGAAGAGGACUGGACUGAUGUCUGCACGUCAUUAAAGACUGAAAAAUGUUCCUGCUCAGUUGCUUGACAUGUUAUUCCCAGACAUCAUUAGCUACCUGGUUGAACUGCCUCAUAGGAGACAAUAACAGGGCGCUGCCAUUUAAAGGUAACCUGACAUGUUAAUGUGUUACAUACUUGUUACUCAUGUUGGUGAUACUCUCCAGAAGGCAGGGCCGCUGUACUACGGCUGAGUUUACGGCUCAUGACUGCAGUUUAAUAGAAUAACAGGGCUGUAUGUUACAAAGGGACAGCAGGCGUUUUUUUCAGUAAUAGAUAACUGUUAUGAAAAAAGGUACAACCUAAAAGAAUACUGGAACUGCAGAAGGACUAUGUUAUGUAACUUGCUACAACAAAAAGUAAACUGAGUACUCUAGCAGCUGCUGGUUUAUAGGGGCCAAAAACAGCAGAGCUGGUGUCUUUGAUUAAGUUUGGGCAGAUAGAGCACUUAAUUCAUUAGUAAAGAGAGCAUCGAGGAGAAUAUGGUCAGUGUUUCUGAAACUUUUCUUCUGAUGACCCACUUUUUACAAGGAACAAGCCAUAGUCACCCAGCGCUUAUUAUUGCUGAUCAAGUCAGCCUUCUGUGCUGUCCUCGGCUGGUUGGUUGAGCUGAUGGCUAGCUCUAACUUAAUGUUGUUAAUUCUGCUCUCAGUCUGACCCUAAUUUGGUGCUCUCCAUUUAGAGUCUGGGACGAGCCACUACCUCUGUCUGUGAACGCUCUGCCCCCUAGGCCUUUAGAGACUGUCUAGUCUGGGACAAUGCACUUCUCUUUUAUUAGUCAAGCACCCACAACUAUGACUUUAGCUCUUUAGCGUCCAGUAGCUUGUAGAGCCUUGUUUUGUGUUAGGAGGGUGAAUAUUUUGGGGUGGAGCUCCCUCAUGUGGCUAUGUGUGCUGCAUAAAUGUCCAAUAAUGUAGCAAAGACUGUCUGAAACCUGGCCUAGGAAUGAAUGGUUUAUACAGUAUUUGUCCUACCUAAAUGCACUUUAAAGGAUGGGCAGCACUGCAUUAUAGAACUAUUUUUGUGUUUUUUGUUUUGUAAGAUGCUCAUUAAUUCUUUCUCAGGUGACCAAAAGUGCAAGUGAAGGUUUGUUUCUAUAUCCUAUGUUGUAUUAAUAAAAUGUUUUUUAUAAAUACUGAAAAAAAUCUAUGAUUUGAAAAAUUGUCUCGAUCCAUUAAAAAGUCAUGGUGAUAUAUAUUGAGACACAAGCCACUCAGAUCAUUAUAAGCCUUUUAUACAGGCCACCUGAAGCUUUGAAAUAUUUAUGGUAGGCUACUGUAAUAUAUUUUUUUAAACCAUCCUUUGCACAAUGCCCCUAAAACUAUUAACCCCACUGGA